GUCGAGAUACGCUGCUUAUAAACGGGGGCUGAAAAUAAAAUAUGGCGUAAAGUGAUUGUUACACAUGUGUCAAUGAUUAUUUCGAUGCCAAUGCUCCCUGAAAGUGAAUACCGAUGUAAAUUGUGACCAGUUGGCAGGAGCGUUAAAAAAAACAGUAUCAAUGCUGCUGAGCACUAGAAUCUUGUGAACCAUAAAAAACCCUUGCCCAGAAAGUUCUCCAAAAAUUGUCAUCACAAAGUUUACACAUUGGAGGAACUUUGGAAAACAUACUGCAAGUCGAUAUGUGAAUUGGAUUCAGAGCUCUGGGACAAGAAGACUUGGAGCAGUCACAGAAAAAAUGAAAGAAUACGGAAUGCACCGCUCGGUCGGGAAGGGGUUAAAUCAGUGAAUGGGCAAUAACAUGAGAAUUUGAAAGCUUGAACAAGUGUAUGACAAGAAACUGUGAGCUGAGCGAAGAACUGAAAGGUUUAUUCUUAAGCGUCUGUUCAUAUUUUGGUGGAAAAAGAAGGAAGAAACAACGGAAUAUCCGGGUUUAGGAUUGGAAGUCUGGUUCCAGGGGUCAGCCAAAGUUUUUGGGGAAAAAGAAAGAGAAAUGGUGGUGGGGAUGGCCGCUGAUGGGAUAAUUAUCGAAAUAUGGGAUCUCGCCUGUGGCGGCGAUGAACCACCGACACCAGUCGCGAUACCGCAAGACCUUCGUGUUGCGGAUCUCGUGCAACUCGUUUCCACCAGGUUUCGGCAUUCGGUCGGAACAUUUGGAUUGUUACUUAAAUGGGGAAGGAACAAGACGAAUUUGAUGGAUGUGAGGAAUGAUCUAACGAUAGCCGACUUAGGAGUGGAUUUCACUACGGAAACGGAUUACAAAUUGCUCAUUACUGAAUGGCCGCCUUCGCCGUCGCAGAGCGAUGAACUGACAAUGUCGGAUGUGGACGACGACAGGUCGUGCGUUUUGCUUAAUAUAUUGGACCAAAGCAGAGGUUUUACACAAGAGCAACUCGUGCUGAUGUCUGCAAGGCUCAUGGAUCUUUUUCGUUACGUCUCGUUGUGGUGCAAAUACGAACCUGGAACUUACAGCCUUAUCUUACAAUCCGGAAUGGGAGCAAAAUCCUUUUUUCGGAUCGAGCUGAACGAGAAAGACUCAAGGAAGUUGAAUGAAAUCGGUGUCGAUUUGAAGUCAUCCAAAGCCAUGCUGCUCAUCGACUCGACCUCGAAAUCUCCGACCGAUGAAGUCGAAACAGAAGACCCAGCGCCUCCGGAACAGCACAGCGACACGAAAUCUUCACUUCCCUUCGUAUACAAACCAGAAAUUAUUUUUUCUCCGGAAUUCAAUCCCUCGAACGAAGAAGAUGCGCUCGACAGUAAAUCAUCAGACGAUGAAAGCCAGCGGAGUCCGACUUCCGGGGAUACUGGUUAUGAAACGGGAAAAAGAUUCUCUAGGGAAAUAUAUUGCAGAAGACGUUCGCGAGGUCGAUAUGAGGAUACUGUGGCAAUUGAUAUGCUGUACGCCAGCUGCUUGAAAAGGGCCGACAAAGAAAGGGAGUCAGACCGAUAUCACGAAAUUGUGGCACCUAAAUUGAUGAGCACCAGCCGCAAGAAAGAGGACGACGAAGAAAGUGAGCCAAACCGACAUGACGAAACUGGUUACGUCGGUUUGGUCAACCAAGCAAUGACUUGUUAUCUCAACAGUCUCAUUCAAGCCCUGUACAUGACGCCAGAAUUUCGCAACGCCUUGUACAAUUGGGAAUACACGAAUGACUCGGAUAAGGACGAGGCUAAAAGCAUACCUUAUCAAUUACAAAAACUGUUCCUUAACCUGCAGACGUCUUCGAAAAAUGCCGUUGAGACAACACCGUUGACGAAAAGCUUUGGUUGGGACUCGACGCAAGCUUGGCAGCAGCAUGACAUCCAGGAACUUUGCAGAGUCAUGUUCGAUGCACUUGAACAGAAAUUUAAAAACACUGCACAAGCCGAUCUAAUUAAUCGGCUUUACGAAGGCAAAAUGAUCGAUUACGUUAAGUGUCUCGAAUGUGGAACCGAAAAACAGCGCGAGGACACUUUUCUCGAUAUUCCUCUGCCUGUAAGACCAUUCGGUAGCAACGUUGCGUAUAACAGUGUUGAAGAAGCACUCACCGCCUUUGUUCAACCGGAAACCCUGUCUGGUACGAAUCAGUAUCAUUGUGAGACGUGUAACAAAAAAUGCGAUGCCCACAAAGGCUUGAAGUUUGCCAAAUUUCCGUAUUUUUUGACGCUACAACUGAAACGUUUCGAUUUUGAUUACAACACCUUUCAUCGUAUCAAGCUAAAUGAUGAGGUCACUUUCCCCGAUAUUCUCAAUUUGAAUUCCUUCAUUCCAUCAACAUCGACGGAAUCGAGUUGUAACGAUGAGAAUUCGAGCCUAAAUAAGGCCAAAAGCGACAAUGGCUCAACGACGGACAGCGUCGAGGACGAUUCUCCGCCUUGCAAUAACGGUAUAGCCGUUAACGAAAAUUCAUCGAACGAUAAUUACGACGACGAUGGAGAUGAAGGAAUCGAGAGGAGCAAUGGACCUUCCACGUCAAGCUGCAAUUCUCACAAUCACGAAAACGAAAAGAAACGUGACAAAUUACCUCCGGCAAAAGGGCCUUACGUUUACGAAUUAUUCUCCAUUAUGAUUCACAGCGGUAGCGCAAGUGGCGGCCAUUAUUACGCUUACAUAAAGGAUUUCAGAACCGGAAAGUGGCUUUGCUUUAAUGAUCAAAAUGUCUCGACGAUUACUUACGAGGACAUACAAAAAGCUUAUGGCGGUGGACCAACGAGAGCAUAUUACAGUGGUGUUUACAGCAGCAGUUCAAAUGCGUAUAUGCUAAUGUACAGGCAAAUCGAUCCGGCUCGUAAUGCAUUACCGAUGCAGGUGUCGGAUUUUCCAGAACAUUUACAGGAAUUAUUAGUGAAAACGCAAGAGUCCGAGGAAAGUAAAAUGUUGUGUCGUCGAUUGUUGGUGCAAGAAGGAUGCGUUAUUAAGGUUUACUGUCAUCACCCGGUAAAGAGAACUCUCAUAAACAAAAAAUUGCUUUGUCUCGAGUCAACUUGGAGCGAGGCCAUUGACAAGGCUUACAGAGCAAUGAUGCUCGACGACAUCAUCGAUCGUGAUCAAGUACGUUUAGUCACUUAUCAAGAAAGUACCGGUCUCAUUCUCUCAAGCUUCGAGGCUCGAGACGACGAAAUGCUGUGCUCGGUUGUUGGUCGCAAGCCGGAUACUUUGUUGUUGGAAAUUCGUAAAAAGGAUGAACCUUUCAAGUCUUAUCCGCCUGACAGUCUCCCAAAGUACGUUUACGUCAUCGAUAUCACGAAAAACGAAGUGAUUCAAGGUCCGAUCGUUGUCCGAGCUCGCUUGACCCAAACAGUCCAGGAGUACAAGGAGCAAUUGGGUGUGACGUUGAACAUGGACCCGAAGGAAAUUUAUCUCAUAUUCCAACCUGGGAUACUUUCGACAAGGGUCGUUAGUGCUAAUGAAAAUACUUUGCAAGAAGAGGGUUAUGCAAAUGCUACUAAAGUCAUUGUAGAGACUUCACUCGGUUCUGGAAAAAUUACGGAUUUAUCGAACAUUCGUGCCCUCAUUACUGGUUUAAUAUUGAUAAACGUUCCUUUGCCGGACGUGAACGAAGAAGAGUUACGAAAUUUAGGAAUUCCAAGCUUGGACAAAAGUAAACAAACCGAAGGGCCGAUUCCCUUGACGAAUGGUCCUCCAAGGUUGAUCGUUGAAACAGUGAAAAACGGCGACAAACUGGAAACGAACGAAACGUCGACGAUUAAAAUAAACGAUGUAGAGGAAACUCCACCAACACCAGCGGUGCCACAUCCACCAACUUGCAACAAAAGAACGUCCAGUCCGCAGGUACAACAAACGGAAACCGAAGACUGGUACACGCCGGAACAAAGCAACAGCGAAGAUAGCAGCUUGAGUUACAGCGAUCGCACACUUGUGGGAGAAGACGAUGCGUCCGAGGACGACGAUUAUCCAUUAGCAAAUAUUGAUCGCGAGCUUCCCAAUCAAACGUCGAAUCAGGACAGCAAUCAGGUCAAAAACCCAAGUGAAUAUAUUUUCAAGGUCACGCGUGAUGAGCACGAGCCUGAUAAACUUCUCAGAGUUCUCUACGACAAACGAAUCGAUUUGAACACGUUCAAAAAAUUGUUAGAACCAUACGUUGGCGUUCCUGCGAAAUAUUUUAGAGCAAUGUGUCGACCACACACGGAAGUCGAGAGUCAGCAAUUACAGCUCGAUUCGUGUUUCGACGACGGUACUACGGUUUGUCUGAAACUUGGAGGCAAUCUACGUUACGGAGAAUUCAAAGUUUCCCUUUAUCAGUUGGAUAUCGAGUCAGAAACGGAACCUUUUAGAUUUUUGUGCGACGCGAUUGUUUGGAAAGAGGCGACGGUUGCGCAAACGAAAAAAGACAUUCUGGCAGAUAUCAGUAGGAGAUUCAAAAUCGAAAUACCAUAUGAGAGGUGCAGGUUGAGGCGAAAAUAUCACAAAGUAGCCGCGAAUGUCUUUAUGGAUGAUCAAAAAAUGAAAGAUAUCCGAUCCUAUUGGCCUCACGAAAUUAUCAUUCAAGAAUUACCCGGUGAAGAAACCGUCACCAGUCCAACCGACGUUAUCAUAUUUGCCAGGCGAUUGUCCAGUCUCGAGGAAAAAGCGGGACCUUUACAGGAGAUAGUUCUUAGUGACAAGUCCGUCACCGAAGUUCGCGAAAAGAUUUCACAAAUAUCCGGUAUUCCUGACGAACAUCUAACAAUAGCAAGCUGUAAAGGCUCGUUACCAAACGACGUAUUGAUGAUGGACCAGCAUCAAUACUGGCACAGCCAUGGGACAGAAAUCGAGAAAUGUUCCCGAGCUUUCCGUAUUGAAGAUGGCAGCAUCAUAUAUUACAGAGAUACUAGCACAGUGUUGAGCGACAUCAGCAACCAGAAGGUCAUAUUGGAUCGUCAUUAUGUACGAAAAUCAAAAAUUGUAGAAGCAUCGCUGGGUUACCCUCGGAGAAGAACCGAACUAGGUCUCAAGAUCUACUUGGACGACAUGUGAUCUGACCUUACGGCAAUAUCCUGAACCGAGGCUUAAAAGAGGAAUGUAAAAGAGGCGAGAGAAAAAUAAUAAGAGAACGAAAGUUCUAAAAUCUCGGUUGGGAUGGCCAUUAGGCACGAUUUAAAAAUGAGAAAAAUCUAAGAAAUCGUAUUUUAAGAGAAUUCUUAGGUACUUCUUGCUGUUUUCUCCUCGAAGCUCGAAUCGUAAAUCGCACUUUACGAAAAAAGUAUCGAUGUUGAGGAAAUCAAAGAAAAAAAACAACGAAACGCACCCUCUGAAUCAUGUAUUUUAUUUAUACUUUUUUUUUCGCCUAUUACAAACUUUUCCGCGUUUUUCUGUCAUCGGACAUAAAAAAAAUAACGAUAAAAAUAUGUCUAUUGCAAAUCAUGUGAAAAAUUUAAGACAAAUUAUUUACGCUGCAUUUACUGCUUUAGCUUAGCAUUUUUUUCUGCGAGUUCGAUGCUUUUUUGAUAGUUUAUUUACUGAAUCGCCGAAUAAAAAAUCUCAAUCUUUGACAGAAUUUUCGAAACUCCGUUUGAUUUUUCUUCGUGAUUUCGCCAUAUUUUCAAUCCUUUUUUUUGAAUGAACGGAUUAUUCAAAAUGCGAAGAAAGAAAUAAACUUGAAAGAACAUACGAGUAUGUGGGUGCGAGCGAUUCGAGUUUCUCGGAGAAUCAGAAAUAUCUUCGACAGACUUGAAAAAAACUAAAAUACACGAAAAUUGAAUGAAAAAAACAUCAACACACGCUAAA